CGGCGGCCCUGCCCUGCCCUGCCUGCCGCCUCCUCCUGCUGCUUGCGCUCGGCGGACGCGCCUUCGAGGCACCGGGACCAGCGUUCCGAGGCAGCCCCAGCAGCAGCAGCAGCCCGACUCCCCGCUCCGCCGGCCCCUCUCGUGGCCCGAUCCCCCUCCGGGGGGCGCCGACCGCAGCCUCAGGAUGCCCGAGUUCCCGGCCAAAGUCAGCACCCGGACCAGCACCCCCGCCGGGGCUCAGGGCGGCGGGCUGCUGCGCUCCUCCUCGGUGGACCUAGAAUUCCUCCGCUCCCUCUUCGGGGUCCUGAUGAUCGUGGAAAUCGUGAGUCGACCCCCCCCCCGCAAGCUCCUUCCUUUUCCCAUCCCUCCUCUCCGGUCCUGCGGCCGAGAGAGGCGUCUUCCGAGAAGAGGUUGUCUCUGAGCGCGUGCAGAGUGCCGCCCUCGCCCAGCGGCUCCUUAGCGGCCAGGCGCAUCAGGCUAGGCUCUCUUUUCCUCGCUCGUUGGCGGGAGCGCUGGGGGGGGGGGGCGUCCAAAUCCGGCAGAACUGGCUCCCCACUUCUGAAAGGAGGGAAGUCAUCUGAUAACAACCCUUACAGUCGAAAGAGAGUUUCCAGAAGUCCAGUUGAGCUACCCCACCGCACUGUUAUGAGGACGGGGUGGGACCUUCCCUUAAGGCAGAUCGCUUGUCUGUUUGUCCCCCCUGCAGCAUAAGGGGUUGGGGAAUUGGCGCUAGCUCAGCGGCAGAGCAGCUGCUUGGCAUGCAGAAGGUCCUCAGCAGCUACCUCGGAAGGUGGUGGCUACUCUCCUUGCUAGGAGGUUUUUAAGCAGAGGUUGGAUUCCUUGGCUGUGAUGCAUUGCUGCUGGUUGGACUAAUGACCCUUGUUGGGGGGUGUCCCUUCCAUGUCCUAUGAUUCUGUGAUUCCAAGGAGGGCUGGAAAAGACUCCCGGACGAAGCCCCCUCUCCAGGCUGGGGGUUUGUGGGUUGACCCCAGGGCAGAAGAAUCGUGGGCAGCGUGGAGGGAUGAUAGCGAGAUGCAGAAUGAAGUCGGGCAGAGCAGCGUCAAUUGCACCUGCUUGCUGCUUUGCUUCGCCCUCUUCUGCUUUGCAUCAAGCAGCAAAGGGCUUGAAAACGGGGACUAGCACCUUGAGGUGGCUGUGCAGGGUGCCCCAGGGAGGUAGGACUGGUUCUUGCUCCAAUGCAGAUAAUUUCACCUGCGUAAAAUUGGAGGGUGAGUAGGGGUAACGGGCUUCCACAUCAAUGUCUUGGCGCUUGCUGUGAAAAUACUUUGGGCUAGGAAAGCAAAGAGUGCUCCUAAGUACCCGUAUGUACAGCAUACCUUUUCGCCUGCGUAAUUUUGGGCUACAGGUGGGAGAACUGAAUUCUGGAGUUAUCUCCUGUGUAACAAUAACAUCCCUGCCAAGUUCCCAGCCAAGAGAUGGAGGAGAGCUUUCCGCUCCGCAUAUACUAGCGUCAUCUCAAGACUUUUUUUGAAUUCUAGGGAAGUUGGCUUUCCAAAUGAUUUCAUUUUCUGGGCUCCCUUCUUCCAAUAAUAGCCAUUGAUUUCACAAGGGACUUUGCAGACACCUGCGCUCAGAGCUGUUGUGCACGCAGGUCUCUUGUUUGUGUGCAAACAUUUCCAGAUUGUGGCUCUAAGCCAGCUCUUACCUUUACAGAGGAACAGAGUAGGACACCCGUGAUUGCAGGGGGUUGGACUAGAUGACGCUUGCGGUCCCUUCUAACUCUGCAGUUCUAUGAUUCCAUUGCUUCUGUUUUCUAACUAUUUACUGUAAGCCCCUUGGAACAGGGUAUCUCCUUCUUUGUAAAGUGCUAUGCACAUUGGCACUCUGUCUGUGUGCACACUAAUAAACCAUCUCCAGCCUCUCCUAAAACCACACACAGAAGAUUCAUUAAAACUAGCACAGACUCUAUUGUUUGGGGGGCUGUGGGUGGGUCAAACAUUGCUUUGGAAUACCAUUCUACACAUUUUCAGGAGACUUCUGGUUCUGAUAGAAGGUGACUGAGGGUUUAUUCAAUUCCGUCCCGUCCCCCCCCAAGUUUGUGGCUGGCUGGCUGGCUGUCCCACAGAGUACCCAAAUGGGAAUGACUCCAGAAGAGGGACAAACUUUUCCCCAAACUUGUGUCAUAAGAGGCAACCCACCCCACACUCUAAAAAUGUACAGUAGGUUUUUCUAACUGGUGUUGUCCUGAUGUUUUGGACCAAUAUUUGCAGCCAUAGCAGACGUGUAAAGCAAGAAGUGUUUCUAAGAAUGUGCAAAGUACCUUUUCCUUGUUAUGGAACUCCUUUCUGGUGGAUAUUCAACAGGCAACGACACUUUGGAAGACGUAUUUUAAUUGCAAACUGUCUUCUCAGAAGAAUAACCGAAUCCUGGCCACCAUUUUUCUGGGGACAGCACAAUGAGAGUGUGUCUGAUUAGGAUUCAUGGGUGUAGCCAGGAUUUUUGUGGGGGGUGGGCAGAACCUUAGUUAGCUAUGCUAUUUUUAUUGAUUUAGGGAGGGCUGCUCCCCCUCCCUGCCUCCUUUUGGCUACACCCAUGUUAGGAAUGUAUUGCAUAUAACUUCUGUUUGUAUAUUCCUUUGAGGGUGGUUUUUUUUUAGUAUGAAGCAAUUUAAGAAAUUUCCUAAAUGAAUAGAAUGUCAGAAUUGCCAUCCUAAGCAUCUGGAGGGCACCAGGUUGGGGAAGGCUGCUGGGUAGAAUUUGUCUCCCUUUCCCCAGCUUCACAGGGCACAGAUAUGUGUCAGAAAAGGAGGGGUUCAUUGGGGUGGUGGGGGCAGGUAGGCAGGCAGGAAACCCAGCCAGAUGGGUGGGGUACAAAUAAUAAAAUCAUCACCCACCCACCCACCCACACAGCACAACACACCUCCAGUGCAGAUCAUGUAGGGUUUUCUACAGACAAUCUAUCCAUCCAUGUCUUGGAAGGUGAUGGGGGUGGGGCAAAGCCUCUAUUUAUCACCCUCCAAAAUGGCCUGAGAACAAAGGACUUGGAUAGGAUGUUUUGGUGUGGUUUGUUUUUGCAAAAGGGAAGCCUUGAAGAAUUGUUUCUUCUGCCUCCUGUGGUUAAGGUGGUCCUGUACCACCUCUGGACCCCCUAGCCUUAUUCUCUUUUGAGGAACAGCAUGGCUGCUGGCUAAGAUACAAGAAGUUCCUGCUAUUUGUGCUCUCUGGGAACAAUUGGAGACAUUUUUGUCCCAGCUGCAGUGUGUGUGAUGUCAGUCUUUGUAUUGUUUUUAAACCUACCUUUAAUGGUUGGGGGGGGGUUGUUGUGUUCCUUUAAAACCUAUUUUAGUUGUUUUCCUUGCAUUAUUUUAAAUUGCCUUGAAAUUUGCAAGAGGAGAUUCACAAAUUAGUUCUGGGGUGUGUGUGUGUGUGUGGCUGUGUGUGUGUGUAGACCAGUCUUUGCCAGUCUGGCACCCAUCCAGAUGUUUUGGAGCCCAACUCUCCUGACCGGGGCUGUUGGGGCCUGUGGCCCCAAAGGGAUGGAGAGCACAGGUAGGCAAAGGUGGAUGUAGAGAGAUUCAGCCUUAAUGGGCUCUUUUCACACUUUAGCCACGCAGUCAUAGCAAACGUCAGGGGGAUAAAGCGGUUGUUCUUUGCUUUCCCCUCAAUAAAUUAACUAUUGUCCACAGCUGGGUUGGAGAGUUGUAAAACAUGCCUGUUGAGUUGGAUUGCAGGGGGUUCAACUAGAUGGCCCUUUGGCUCCCUUCCAACUCUACAAUUCUAUGAAUUUGACUACAGAAUAGGAGUGUGUUCAUUUCUUCCAGGCUGCUAAAAGGUGCGAUUAUAUGUGUGCACCUAAGGUUCACUUGAUUUCAGCAUAGCGGCAUCUACCUCUUGAGUGGAAAAGGGCAAUUGCCUGGUGUAAAGGUCUCUCCAGAAGCAGAGAGAAAUCAUGAAAUUGUAGAAUUGUAGUAUUGGAAGGGACCCCACGGGUCACCGAAUCCUACGCCCUGCAGUGCAGGAAUCACAGCGCAAUAAUCCCUGACAGAUGGCCACCCAACCUCUGCUUAAAAACCUCCAAUGAAGGAGUAUCUGCCCCCUUCUGAGGGAGUCAGUUUCCUUGUCAAAUGGCUCUUACAGUCAGAAAGGUCUUCCUAAUGUUGAUUCAGAAUCUCCUUUCUUGUAAUUAUCACAGCCUACAGAAAUAACGCCAAGCCAAACCCAGUGGCAGCUAAGGUGAGGUGAAGGGUGGGAGGACAACAGUAGGUGGCGCCAGAGCUAGUAAGUGGUGGUGCCAACUAAUUCUGGUUUGGUCUCUGCCUCCUCCCUGUUGAAUUUGUUAAUGGCAGCACUGAGUCAGAGGAGGAGGAAGCUGACGCCCUGUACCGCCUGCUGGGCUGUUCGUAAUCCACCUUGCUCUUCCUCCUCCUGCUGCGCUAACUAGAUCUGAGCCAUGGUUUGGCUUAGCGUUGUGUCCAAACCCAGGCUGGUGCUUUGGUGUCUCUCUGCAUGCAAGCCAUGAUCUGUGGGGAAGUUUUCUUCUUGGCUUGUUGCUUGUGGUUUGGCUGGGGGAGAUGAACCAUGAACCAGGGUUGGGAUGUAACGCUAAACCAUGGUACAACAGCGGGGGUGGAGUGGGGGUAAUGAAGCAGCAUUAUUUUUGCUAAGUCCCCACACUCCUGUGUCUUCACACUUUGUCAUCGUUUGUUAUUGUUGUUUAGUCGUUCAGUCAUGUCCGACUCUUCAUGACCCCAUGGACCAGAGCACACCAGGCACUCCUGUCUUCCACUGCCUCCCACAGUUUGGUCAGAUUCAUGUUUGUAGCUUCAAGAACACUGUCCAGCCAUCUUGUCCUCUGUCGUCCCCUUCUCCUUGUGCCCUCCAUCUUUCCCAACAUCAGGGUCUUUUCCAGGGAGUCUUCUCUUCUCAUGAGGUGGCCAAAGUAUUGGAGCCUCAGCUUCAGGAUCUGUCCUUCCAGUGAGCACUCAGGGCUGAUUUCCUUAAGAAUGGAGCGGUUUGAUCUUCUUGCAGUCCAUGGGACUCUCAAGAGUCUCCUCCAGCACCAUAAUUCAAAAAGUCAUUGUUUAGCUUCAUAUUAUUUGCAAACUGGGCCUCUGGACUUUGCCCAGUUCAGUCACUGGAAAUGUGCAAUAUUUGUACAGUUAUGUAAUUCCAUGCUCUAGACUUCCUGAUCCUACUGGGGUGAGAGGUAUUUUAGAUGGUGAUGUGUGUUGUGCCACAUUCUUGAAAUAAGUGGAGCAUCUGCCCUUCUGCAUUUUGCCCCCCUGCCCCCAGCUUGAUCUGCUGACUUGGGCCCCAGACCUCUGCCCCCAAGUCCUGCCCUGGUGGCACCACCACAGAAGCUUGGGGACGGACAAAAGAACUUUUGUGGAUGAUUUUCUGACUUGGCAACCCACCUGCAGCAGCAGCAGCAGCAGUAGAGUCUGAGGUCAGUGCUCUGCAGAAAGCAGCACAGGCUGGGCUAACGAGGAGUUUGAGCAGACAGAGAAGAACAGUUUCUAACAAGAGCUGAAACUGGGGGUGCUGUUUCAUAAGGCUCCAUGAGUAGCUCGUUAAGGAUCUUCUGCCUGUUCCAUUCCCCCUCCCAUUAUUUUACUGAACUUUUUAUGUGGAAAAAAUACAAGUUACAUCAGGUGUGAACCAAAAGCAUCUGAUUUUGGCUUUACAUAUUAAAAAGAGUGAAUAAAGCUAUUGUUACAAAAGUUGGGUGCCACCCCCACUCUCUGCUGAGCAAUAGCAAGUUUCCCAGGGUUCCAGGCAUUCACCCAUGAUUAGUAGAAAUGAUGCAGCUGAGACUGUCAUAGCUUUAAGAAAUAUAGUUUAUUUACAUCUUCGGCUUACAUGGAGAGAAUCCAGAACUUAAAGCAUGGUCAUUUCAAGAUGGGCUUGUUCCUCACAGCAGUGCAACCCUGGAGUCAAACCUGGGCAUCUCCCAGCCAGCCUUCAGCCAGCCUCUCCCUUCUUUUUCCCAGGACACCUUGCUUGAGACACUCUUUUCCUGUCACUUUCCACCCAGUGACCCUGGCAACCUUCUGUCUGCCCAGCAGGAGUGCCAACUUGGCCCUGCGACCAUGGAUGUCCAGGGCCGUGGUUGCCAUGCAGUGUGCAUGGCCCUGUAACCAAAAUUUGAGUUCCUGGCACCCAGGAGAAUUUGGUGGGUGCUCGGGCACCCAGGGUUCCAGGGAAUUGGCACUAAUGCUGCCUAGACCCAAAACUCCUCUUUGAUGGGGUGGCAACACCUGUUGUCAUGUUAAAGCCUCUAUCCCGGAUGAAGCUGUGGCUUGGAAAGGAAGCUUAGCCUGUAUUUUUCCACUGUCCUGCAAUCUUCUCUUCAGUACUCCAAAUAAGCACCCAACUGCCACACCCCAGCCGGCAGCCCAACGAUUUUGCAUCUGGUCCCAGCUGUUGGGCCUCAGGGUCCUAAGGUAGAUCUGGCAAGAUGAAGGUCAGCCCGCACCUAUUGACUUCAUGCUUCCUCAAAAAAAUACCACCCAGGUUGGCCCUUAGAGGCAUGUGGGGGGAGGAGUGGGGCUCUGGGGUAAGUUUGUGCCCCUUCAGAUGCCCCUUUCAUUAUCUCCUAGUGGGAGUUUCAGCUGUUGUUCUUUCAUGUUUACCUUUGCCGCUGCCUCUUCCUCCAAGGAACUCAGGAGAGCGCACGUGGCUGUUUCUCUCAUCCCCAUUUUAUUUUCACAAUAAUUCUGUGGGGUUAAGAAGAGAGAGAGAAACCAAAGACUGACAAACUAUCUCAAGAAGGUGAGCCUUCAUAGUUGAAUGGUCUCUCAGAUUUCUCUGAUCAUAUUCCACAAUAUCACGUUGUUUUGUUUUAAGCAUGUGCGUGGAAUGUGUACGGUAAAAACACAACUCCAAGGGCUUAAGAACACGUCUUUCAGCUUAGGUUUGCUGUGGUUGCACACCACAGAGGCAGGCUCCAUUAUCCUGCCCUGUCCUUAAUUCGUAUUGUUACAUGCACCCCACUCCCCAAGUAAUGGGAGACUUCGGAGGCGCUAGUGCACACCUGUGUCUUCCCAGCUUCAGACAAGACUAGAAAAGACUGGCCUACUCUUCUCCUACCCCCAGAAUCACAUUGCCUCCAAUCAGGUGAGGGAGGAAAGUCUGGCCCCUUCUUCUGGAAGCAUCACUAGCCAGUAAUUUCUAUGACAACACACCUGUCCUGGGCCAACUCUUUAGUCAUGUAAAAAAAGAUGCUUAAUGGACUUGGCUAGGGCCACUUAACAGACUGGUCUGACUCGUUCCUUCUAUGUUUGGGGGUGGAAACCAACAUGACAUCCAUGCCAUCACCCCAGUUCUAUCAUGCUAUAUUUCAUUGCUAAGUCGCUCUCAUUUUCCCUCCUCCUGAGCAGUUUCUGGGCGCUUUAAUAGUUGUGUUUUUUAUAGUUAAUAAGGGUGCCUUUUUAUGUGGCGCCAAACCGAACGCCUGAAACAGUUGCCUCACUCUGCUCAGUGAUAGGACCAGCUCUGCAUGGCACAGAACAGCAAACAGUGACAUGGCAAAGGUGGGAGAAAACAGCUGGGAUUCACCCAUCUCUGCCCAAAGUGACAGUUGUAAAAGUAUUCAUAUCCCAAAGCCCUCCCCAACUGACCAGGCACCCAAGCUAUCCUCCUCUCCUUUGCACAAUGAAAACGGCUGGUAUUAGCUGCCGUGCCCACAAUUUGUUUGCUUUUUGUUUUGUUUUGUGCUUCUUUGGAAUGUAUCCAUGAAGGAAACAAAGGGAGCUGGAUCAGUAGGUAGAGAGGAGGGGUGGGGGUGGGGAAGGAGGCAGUGAAUGGAAAUGUUCUGUGACACUUCCCCAAUGUCACUGCAUUAUUGCCGUCUGGACUAGAGGGCAAUGAAAGUGAGACAAAAAACAGGCAAACCAGAACAUAUAUAGUUUCAGGGGCAUGCACUAACUGGACAUGCAGUACAUCUGCCCCCAAACUUUUCCAUAUGUAAAAACUACUGAAAGCCUAUGACCACCCUGAUAGUAUUAUGGGUAUGAAUCUUCAUAGAAUCAGAGUUGUGAGAGGGUAAUCUAGCCCAACCCCCUGAGAUGCAGGAAUCACUGCUCAAGAAUUCCUGACAAAUGGCCAUCCAACUUCUGUUUAAAAACCUCCAGGGAAGGGAGAGUCCACCACCUUCCAAAGGAGUCUGUUCCACUGUCAAAUGGCUUUUAUUGUCAGAAGGUUCUUCCUAAUGUUUAGUUAGAAUCUUCUUUCUUGUUACUCGAAUCCAUCAGUUCAGGUCCUCCCCUCAGGAAGAGUGGAAAACAAGCUUGCACCAUCUACCCCGGGACAGCCCUUCAGAUAUUUGAAGAUGGCUAUCAUUUCUCCUCUCAGUCUCCUCUUCUCCAGGCUGAACAUUCCCAAGUCCUUAAACUGAUCCUUGAUUUCCAUAACCUGUAUCAUCUUGGUCACCCUCCUCUGCGCACACUGCAGCUUGUCAAUAGUCUUCUUAAACCAUGGAGUCCACAAAUGGACACAGGACUGACCAAGGGUCUGACUAAGGCAGAAUAGAGUGGUACUAUUACAUACUUCCCUUGAUCUGGACACUAGAUGUCUGUUGAUGCAGGUUAUAAUUGCAUUAUCCUUUACUGCUGCUGCACCAUGCUUGUAGAUAUGAUGCACACAACAGAGGAGGAUGCCUGAGGGGUUUCAAAGCCCAGCUGCCACUGCCUCUGAUAACCGUCCCGCCUGCAAGGCUGUGAGAGACCAAUUACUUUCCUACUUGUUUGCAAACCUGCAGGGCUGAACAGGGCUUCGUCCAGCCAGAGAUGGGGGGGAAAGUUGAUUGUGUUGUUCUUUAAAGGCAGACUUACCUACUUUUAACUUUUCAAAACAGAGUGUGAACUAAAGUAGUCAUCCUUUGAAAUGUACACUUCUCUGAAUUUUGAAGUGUAAUUUCUCCAGCCAUUUAAUGUGCACAAACGUGCAUGUAUUGAUGACAAUAUUAUAAAAACCACAUUUUAUUAUGGGAAAUUGCUCUGCAAAUAUAUUAGGAUAAAUUUGCACUAAGCUGUUGAUGAAUUUUCAUGCGGACUUUCAUCCUGUCUUUUUUUUUUUACAAACUGAUAUGGACUUCCGGAGAACUAAACUUCAGAUAAAAAGAAGAAAAGAGAAGCUGAGAGAAACCAAAGUUGAUUUAUUGGCCCACCCCUAGCCCACCCCUGUCGUCCUCUCCUCCACACUUCGGUUUGCAGUCAGUCUGAUGUGGGUCCUACAGAGUGCCUUGCCAGUGCCAGCCUUUCAAUAGCCUUUUGUGCUGGAUCGUGCAUGGCUGUGCUUGAUGCCCCAAGGAAUGGGCAAUCUGAUAACUAUCAAGCUGGAUUUGAAAACAGCUUUAUCUUUUUGCUAAAGUUAAUAUAGCAGGACUAACGACGGAAGUCAGCGGCAGCCAGGCUGCUGAGGGCAAUUGGCUGCCAUGGGAACAUCUCCGUUCUCCUCCCUCCUUGAAAGCAGAACCCCCUUCCCCUCACUUGCCAUCAAUUACAUGCCAAAUUUGUGGCUGGCCGCCUCUAGUAAAGCCCAGAGUAGAAUUUCAACUGCGUUCGACCUCCUGUACCAACCGCAACAUCAUCAUCAAUAUAUUUCUUAAUAGCUAUUGUGGAGGCAGGGAAGCAGAGGCCUGAAAGAGAAGGCAUUGUCCAGACCGAAGCAACAGGAGAGAGCCAGAGUGUUUAUGCCGGAGACAAUGUCUCUUUGGCCACAUAGCGCCUCUUUCAUGGCCACCAGCAAUGAAAGACUUUUGUGGAGUCACCGGCGGUAAAUCAAGCCCCUGGCCAGCUGCUUUAACUGCAUCAUUCUCCUCCUCCUCUACCUCCUCCCUGUCAGAGGGAUAGUAAUACUUUGGAGAUGAUGUGAGGUGUCCUCUUCCUUAACCUGAUGCCUCCACUUUCUAAGCUACUUGCCUCCAGCUGGUGAACUCGAUGUUCUCUUUGUGGGUGCAGAAACCAACCAGUCCCUGCAAGCUGGGAGUCUGCACAGUCAUUUCCUAUUGUUAAUCUUAUUUAUGACAACGUUUUCAAUGUGCAUCUUUGCUUCUUGUUUUUUAAUUUUUUCUAUGGUUGCAAGUGCGUUGUGGGCAGAAAAUUGCUUGCUUGUUUACUCUCCAGCAGCCAAGGGGCUGGAUGACUUAGCCAAGGCGGCAGCAGGAGCAGACAGGAGCUGUGCCCCACUAGGCCCCAGAGCCAGGAAAGAGACAAUGGGCAACAAGCCCCUAGGGAGGUAUAACAUUGCUUCCAGUGACUGAGCAGAAGCCAAGAGUGUGCCUAUGUAACCAUGGACACAGACACCAUGAGGCGGUUUGCAGGCGCCUGAAGUACAUUGCAUUGGCACUUGAGAGAGAAUGAAGAGCUUGCGCCAAAGUUGCCAGGUGCCUCUAUUCUGCACAUCUGUGUCACUAGGAAUAAAUUCAGUGGAACUGUGUGCCACAGUGAAAUGUACCAUAUUGCAGCAAUGCCUGUUUGCCUUGGGAGUGAAGUAGUGUGGUGGGGUUGGAGCUUACCUACCGCCUCUUUCAGACAACAUGCACCACAGUUUAAGAAGGGUAUUGACAAGCUGAAAGGUGGGCAGAGGACGAUGACUAGGAUGAGCAAGAGUCUGGAAUGGUUUAGGGAGUUGGGCCUGGAGGAGAUGGAGAGGUGAAAUGAUAGCUCUCUGCAAAUAUCUAAAGGGCUGUCACAUGGAAGAUGGAGCAAGUUGUUUUCUGCUGCUCCUGAAGGUAGGAACCGAACUGAGGAAUUCAAAUGACAAGAAAGGAGAUUCUGACUAAAGAUCUGACUAAAGAGGCACUUUCUGACAGGAAAAGAUGUCCGGCAGUGGAAUGGACUCCCUCAGAAGCUGGUGGACUUUCACUGGAGGUUUUUAAGCAGAGCUUGGAUGGUCACCUGUCAUGGAAGCUUUAGCUGUGAUUCCUGCAUUGCAGGGGGUUGGACUAGAUGACCCUUGGGGUUCCUUCCAGCUCCGAUUCUGCAAAAUAUCCUUCACUAGCAAAAGUUGUCAAUGCCCUUUUUUCUGUUGUGCAGGUGCUGGGAUGCCUGGUGUGGGCCCUCAUUGCAGACACAUAUUACCAACCGUACCCUUCCUACGGGUGGGUGAUGUUUGUCGCUAUCUUCUUCUGGCUGGUAACGGUCAUCCUUUUUGGGAUGUACCUCUUCCAACUUCAGGCGAAGCUCUACAUGAUUCCUUGGCCUAUUGUGGUGAGUAUCCAAUACCCUUCUUCAGCCUGGGGCCCUUCACCCCAAGCCCUCCCCCCCCCACUGUCCUCCAGAUGGUUUGUGCUACAGCUUUCAGCUGUGCCUGCCUGAGGGCUGAUGGGAACUGUAGAUCAAACCACUAGGAGGGCAGUGGGGGUGGCAGGAAGUCUGGCUUUUCCUGUUAAGUUCUGGAAGCCUAGCUGCCUCCCUAUUUAUCAAUUUAUUUAUUUUUAAUGUAUGCACUGCUACAUCAUUAAAAAAAUCAAAGCAGUUUGCAACAGUAUAUAGGCGACUCUCCGUUUAUGCAAUUUGGCUCAUGCGCAAGCGUGUGUACACGAGGCCCCAGGAAAUCAAUCAAAAUGGCAGAAAGCCGUGUAAAGGGCAAAAAUGGCUUUGUAAAUUGACACAAAAGCUACUUGCCUCCAGCGGGUGAACUCAGCUUAAAACCUGGCUCAGUAGUAGACAGUGCAACUGUCUUAACCAGGGUGUCACAUGUUGGCAGCUAUGUGCGCCCAUCAGCAGUCUGGCUGCCACAUGCUGCCCCAGUUGGAGCUUUCGGGCGAGGCCCAGGGCAGCCCCCCAUAGAGUGCAUCGCAGUAAUCCAGCCUCAGGGUUACCAACAUAUGAACUUUAGGGAGCACAUACUUUAGAGAGCAGCCUUUGUGCCUCUCUUCUGCUGUUAAUGCCUGAUUGUAAUUCGUGCAGCUAUCGCAGGAAAGAGAAAAGGCAUUUGUAAGGCAUAUAAACCUUUUUUGCUCAGGAUAGGUUCUGAUGUUCACAGGACCAGCUGAUCUAGUAGAAUUAAAUGAUAGGUUUAUUUCACCUUGUGUUUAAAUGUAAGUAUUGUUGGUUGUUGUUGUUGUUGUUGUUUUAAAAAAUGCAAAAUGGGCCUUAGGGAGGUGAUGCAGAAUUUGCAGCUUUCUAACAGCAGCAGGUGAAGAUUGCCCCUGGCACCAGGGACAUCAGCUUAGAUGAGUCCUGCAGGAAACAGUUAAGUCUCCAUUUCUGCAGCAAUUCAGCAAGUCCCUUCUCUUCUGUGGAACAGCAAAGUGCCACCUCCCCAUUCUGCCAGUCCAGAAGGCAGAGACAGGAAAGGAACAGUGCUCUCAUUGUUACACUUUCAUAACCAGUAUGACUAGAAUUCCUACAGCCAUCUAAGCAGAAACUGUUGCCAAAAUUCCAAAACUGAAUGGGCGACUCUUGCAGUUGGUCCUGUGCAAAUCAGCGAAGUGCGCACUUGUUUUGGCCACAGAACAUCCUAGUCUAAGUGACCUUUAUCAAUCAGGAACAGAUCCACGAAAGGGUCCCCUCCACACAGCUCACUUAGAGAAUUGCAUGUGCUUUUUUCAUCUACGAUGAAGCCAGACAUAAAUAUUAAGGCUGGUGCAACAUGUUGACUGCUUCUAGCUUCACAGUUUGAACAGUACAUACCAUCAAAUUGGAGGCUACUCUUGCUUGUCUGCCAGUGCUUCAAGAGGACUGCUUUGUCUUUUCUAAAAUUAAUUUUCAUUACCGUGGUUAAAGGACCAUUAUUCACUUUGUUUUUGUUUUUUUAACAAGUUGGUUUGCUUGCUUUUUAAAAAAAUACAGAACUGUUCAGGGGAAUGUGCAUUUGUGAGGUCGCAGGCGCUAGCCAUUCAGUACUGAUGACAUUUGACUUUUGCUGCAAAGUUGCAUAACCAGAGGAUUUUUUUCCUAGAUCUUGAAAAAAAUGUAUGAUUGCUGUACAGGGAAGAUGCUAUAGCUCAUUGGUGAAACACACACAUUGCAUGCAGGAGACCCAGGCUCAAUUUCCAUUUUCACAUAAAAGGAUCAAGUAGCAGGUGAUGGAGAAAAGUCUCUACCUGAUCCUGAGGAAAGCUGCUGCCAUUCAGAGUAAAGAUGAAUGGUCUAGAUCAGGCAUCCCCAAAGUUGGCCCUCCGGCUGUUUGGGGACUACAGUUCCCAUCAUCCCUGACCACUGGUCUCAUUAGCUAGGGAUGAUGGGAGUUGUAGUCCCAAAAGAGCUGGAGGGCUGAGUUUGGGGAUGCCUGGUCUAGAUGGACCAAUGGUCUAGCUCAGGUUUGUAACCAAACACAGUAAAGCUGCUUCCAACCCAUAACUAAAAUUAUUACAUCUGUCUUUACCCAAUAAACACUAUUAUUUGCCUAGUGUUAUAUAUCUGAAUCAGAACAAUCCUCAGAAUCCUUUUCACUAGGAUAAGCAAAACUAUUGUAUCCAAUCUCUGAGGAUUUGUAUCCUAGAAUUUUCACCAGUGUGCUAGUUUGUUUGCAUUCUCCUUGAGCACAGGAUGCUACAAGUAAAACCUCUUCAUUCCUGGAGGAACGCUGAGGGCAGUGCCAUGGCAGCAAACUCAUGCACCUGGCUGCUUAGGAGGAAGAUUGGGUGUGGGAGAGGCAAUUGGAAACACAUGCCCAUGUUCAUCUCCUGGAACAACCUCGUGCGGGGGAGAAAAUGGGCAUCUUAUUGGCUAACACUUGUGAGAUCAUACAGGCUUCAGUUCCUGUAGCAGCUUUGCAACUUAUUUAAAAUGUUUGUGUGGAGUUUCUUUUUGUAAGAUAAAAGGAAAAAGCACACAAUAUAAAGAUGUAGUCAGUCCCCACCUGAAGCAUGAGGGCAAGAGGCAAGAGCAAGAUUCAGCUCGUAUGCAUAAGGCAGGUCAUGGCAUCCAGAUCACCUGCAAGUGAACAAUCUGCUGUGAGAAUUGUCAAGAAUGUUAGGAACAUAGGGAGAUGCUUUUCUUUGAGUUGCAGCCCUUCCCCAAUGUUCUGUAGGUCUUUGCCUUUAGACCUCAUGGAAUGUCCUCCAAAACUGUCUUCUUUUUCUUCCAGCUAGUGGUAUUCAAUGUUGCUGCGUCCGUCUUGUAUGCAACAGCUUUCAUCACAAGCGCUGCUUCUGUUGAGCCGUACUCCUGGCCGCACUCACCAGACUACAACAGAAGAGCCUCUGCCUCGGUGAGUUAACCCUUUGCACUUGCAUCCCCGUUGCACUUGUUGCCGGGGGGCGGGGAGGGGGGAAGAAACGCCAUCAUCUGAAAUAUGCGGUUUGCUGAAUUUCGCAAUCCAGCAAAGUUGAGUGCACAGAAAUGCAUAUGCUAAGGUAAAGGGUGCCUAAAAGUGCACACAUUGGUGAAAACAACGUACAAAAAUUCUUUAGGGAAAACUGCUUUGCCAAAAAGAUGGAAUCGCAUAGAUAGAAAAAUGUGUAACUUACAGAAAAGUUACACUAAAAUGUUGAGUUUUCAUGAGGACUUUUUGUUUAAAAGAACACAAUGGUGUGAAAAUGUGGAGAACUGAAUGAGGGGGAAAGUGAGAAUCUGAGAGAACCCAAAAUUGACAGAUUCACCUAUCCCUGCCCAUCAGAAUAUGAAGGGAGCCUCCAGAUGACUCUGAGGGGCCCCCCUUUUCCUUUUACCAUACCUACAGUUAUAUGACCCCAAUUGCCCCCAGUACUCAGCCCCCACCCCCUGCAAUGCCAUCUGUAAAUAUGUGGUGCUAGCUUGCCAGUACAUCAUUUUGUGUACUCAUCCAGAGCUUGCAGUGCCAGCAAUGAGGUAACGUUCAGUAACUGGGAAUCCAGCUGAAGCUACAUUAUGUGUUUUGUCCUCCUCCCUGGAGUAACUCAGCUCCUUAGUCCAGUGCCAGCCACCAGCAUGACGGAUGAUGUGUAAUGCUGUGUUAAUCAGUUUCGGCUAGGCAAGGGCACGCUGGCACACCACCCUCCAUUUCCAGGUUAUCAUUUUGUACUGUGCUUUUACUGAAAUCCACAGCAGGCUGAAAUGGACAUAUUUAUGUUAAAUCCAUUUAGGACUGAGGUUUUAACAGUUCAGAGGGAGAUCCUUCUUUGCAUCUCACUUACUCCCUAUUUUAGGGACGCGGGUGGCGCUGUGGGUUAAAGCACAGGGCCUAGGACUUGCCGAUCAGAAGGUCGGCGGUUCGAAUCCCCGCGACGGGGUGAGCUCCCGUUGUCCGGUCCCUGCUCCUGACAACCUAGCAGUUUGAAAGCACAUCAAAGUGCAAGUAGAUAAAUAGGUACCACUCCGGCGGGAAGGUAAACGGCGUUUCCGUGCGCUGCUCUGGUUCGCCAGAAGCGGCUUAGUCAUGGUGGCCACAUGACCCGGCAGCUGUCUGAGGACAAAUGCCGGCUCCCUUGGCCAAUAAAGCGAGAUGAGCGCCGCAACCCCAGAGUCGGUCACGUCUGGACCUAAUGGUCAGGGGUCCCUUUACCUUUACCUUUAUUCCCUAUUUUAAGAACUCAAGGCCAUGGGGUUCUUGAAUUUUGUGCUGAGUACUGACAUACUCUUACACCUUGGCUGGAAGCUACUUUUUCUUAUAUUAUUAACAGCUACCAGAGUGGAUGUUUUGAAAGGCUUCAGUGCUGAAACUCAGCUUCUGCAUUUGGCCUUUGUCCAUAUGAUCCAAUAAAUGCCCAGCAGAUUUGUGCACAAGACCAGUUCCCAUCUCCCCCUUUAAAACUGCUACUCUAGCUGCCAGAAGAGGCAAGCUACUUUUAAUUGAGAUUUUAAGCAGAAAAGUGGAUUGUCUCUACUGCAGGCAGUGGAGAUCUUCACAGAAAAUGUUGGGUUCAUCAGCAUUUUCCUACUGAAGCUCUUUUAUUCCUCUUCAGCCAAAAAGGCUCCCAGAGGCUUACAAUAAACUCAGUAGAUCAGUAGAUCUCACUGCAAUCUUUGCCUGCACAUUCACAAUCUAAUCAUCAUACGAUGACUUGGGACCCAGGAUGGACCUACAGCUUACUCACCUAAGCUCCUGGGACAUUAAUGCCCCCAUCUCCUGUCUUUUGCAGUUUUUUGCUUGCCUGGUGAUGAUUGGCUACGGGGUCAGUGCCUGCCUCAGCAUUCGAGCCUGGAGGGGAUAUGGGAGUAACGCAGCAACCAGCCAAGCAACCAUUUCUAAUCACGCCUGAAAACUGUGGGCCAUUUUUAAUCAACACAACUUGACUGGGUGACAGUGGCUACUGGGGCCUUUGGGUGUUUGGUGUCUUCCCUCUGCCCUUUUCCCUUCCAGACCUAGUACUCUGAAUGCUAUUCCCAGUCCCAGCUUUAGCAUGGCCUUUGCCAAGUAUGCUGUAUGUGUUUUUAACGCCAUCUAUAGCUGGUUAAAGCACCCCACCCCACCCCAUACUUUGCACUAAUUAGAAUCCUCAGACUGGUCAAGGGCCAGCUGAAUCAAUGGAGCAAAGCCAGCAAGAGACAACCCAAGGGCUGGUUCUCUCUCUCUCUCUCUCUCUCUCACACACACACACACACAGACUCGUGGCUUGCAGUGAGUCAGCACAGGUAACACCCCAUUUAGUAAUCUCAGCAUCUCAUGCCACUUUUGACCCAAUGCUUCUGCAGGGACUGCCCUGUACAAACAGAAAUCAAGUGGUUGAAAUUAAGGGGGAACCUGCCUUUCUGUGCCUUGGCUGCAUGUGUCCUUAUUGCUAAAGGCCACUGCAUGUGGUGACCAUUCAUAGUUGCAGGGUCAGAUUUGUGACGGCGAUUUGACACUCCACAAGCCUGGUGCACACAGGUAUUUGCCGUCACUUGAUGACCGGCAGCUGAAUGUGUCAACUGACUACACUGAGCAAGCAUCAGGUUCAAAGGGACAUCAAAGUGCUCUGAAGUGGGAAGAUGGUCCACUGAGACACACUGUCAUCAAGGGAUGGACACGCUCCUGUGAAGCAGCCCAGAGGAUGCCCAUCUCCAGGGACGGCCAAGCCAGCACGUCUCACCAAAAACUAAACCCACUAAAAAAGCAAACCCAGCAGCCUCCCUUUAUGCCAGCCACUUUCAGCCAUUAUGUAAAUAAUGUAUAAUUAUUAACCCAGUGUGUUCCAUAGUAGCAAGGAUGCUUCUGGUACAAGACCACAGGUAUUUUAUUUCUAAAAAAAGGUUUUGUUUUAAAUAAAGUAAAUAAAUCUUUCACCCUUGUCAAAUGAGGGCUUUCCAGCAC